AUGAUGUCUAACGUUGCUAACGCCUCCCAAAGACAGGAAAAUCCAUAUAUUAUUCCAUUGCCUCCUUCAUCCACAGUGGAAACUUCUACUGAACCCCCAAGAACGUUAUGGAUGGGAGAUUUGGAUCCGUCCUUCGACGAGGCCACGAUUGAGGAGAUAUGGUCAAAACUGGAUAAAAAAGUUAUCGUUAAACUAAUUAGAGCCAAAAAAAAUUUGUUGAUUCCUUGUAGCUCCACCUCAAGUAGUAAUAACAACACAAGUGAGGAGAAUGCUGAAAACCAGCAAUCUGCAUCAAACAGCACUGAUCAGUUAGAUAAUUCCCAAAUGAUUAAUAUUAAUGGAAUAUCCUUCAUUGAUCCUUCCACUACUCAAUUACAUCAUGCCGGAUACUGUUUUGUCGAAUUUGAAACUCAAAAGGACGCUAAAUUUGCCCUGUCAUUAAAUGCUACACCUUUACCUAAUUUUUAUUCCCCAACAACUAACUCCCAAACUAAUCCAACGUUCAAAAGGACUUUCAGAUUGAAUUGGGCGUCUGGAGCUACUUUACAAAGUUCUAUACCAUCUACCCCAGAAUUUUCCUUGUUUGUUGGUGAUCUUUCUCCCACCGCCACUGAAGCUGAUUUGUUAUCUCUUUUCCAAACGAGGUUCAAAUCUGUUAAAACCGUCCGCGUGAUGACUGACCCUUUAACAGGAUCAUCUCGUUGUUUUGGAUUUGUCAGAUUCGGUGAUGAAGAUGAGCGCCGCAGGGCACUGAUUGAGAUGAGUGGGAAAUGGUUUCAAGGAAGGGCCUUAAGAGUCGCUUAUGCCACGCCAAGAAAUAAUAUGAUGCUGCAGUUACAGGAACAACAACAACAGCAACAACAAUUGCAGCAACAGCAUCAGCAGCUAGAUCAGGAGGAUAAUAAUGGCCCUCUCUUGAUUAAGACUGCAAAUAAUCUCAUUCAAAACAAUAGCAACAUGCUUCCUCUCAAUGCCUUGCAUAACGCGCCUCCAAUGCAUUUGAAUGAGGGCGGCAUUUCAAACAUGCGUGUAAAUGAUUCACUACCUUCAAACACCUAUAAUACAGACCCCACUAAUACUACUGUUUUUGUGGGAGGACUGGUACCAAAAACUACCGAAUUUCAAUUACGUUCACUAUUCAAACCCUUUGGACCCAUUCUAAAUGUCAGGAUUCCCAAUGGUAAAAACUGUGGGUUUGUUAAAUUCGAGAAGAGGAUUGAUGCUGAAGCUUCAAUACAAGGCCUGCAAGGCUUUAUUGUGGGCGGCAGUCCAAUAAGAUUAUCAUGGGGACGCCCAUCCAGUUCAAAUGCUAAAACAAAUUCGACCAUCAUGGGGGCAAGCCAAUAUAUGUCCUCAAAUGGCCUGAGAGCGCCAUCUGCGGCUUCUUCAGUCGAUAACUCCAAACAAAUUCUUGAACAAUAUGCGGAAGAUAAAAGGCGACUCUUUUUACAUCAGCAGCAGCAGCAGCAGCAGCAGCAGCAACAGGAUGGUAACUUUUCUAUGGAGCAAAUGGCGCACAACAACUAUUACAACUACAAUAAUUACGAUUAUCACAGGAACAAGAAUGGCAGCCAUAGCGACCUCGUUAAUCUGCAGAGAUCUAAUGUCCCGUAUAUGCAAGAAGACGGUGCACUGUACCCACACCAAUAUUCAAGUCCCUCAUACUCGCUCCAUCCGACGGGCAACCAAUUCUCCAAUGCUACUAAUAACUUACCUCAAUUUGGGAACGCGAUGUCAAUUUCUAUGCAACUGCCCAAUGGCAACAGCAAUAAAACGGCCUCAAGCAUGAACACAAACCCUAACACAAACAUGAUCAUGAAUUCUAACAUGAACAUGAACAUGAACGUAAAUCCAGUACCAUACGGAAUGGGAAACGGUGCAAAUAUGUAUGACGUGUCCAGGAUGAUGACUCCUCCCUUAAAUAUAGCCCCGAAUUCCAAUAAUUCGAAAUCGAGCAUCAUGAACAAGCAUCCUAAUAGGAACAAUGUUCCGCCAAUUCAUCCUUCUCUUCUACAUUGA